GGGAGCGAGCUCCAGCCGGAGCCAUAGCGAAGCCAGCAUCUGGGCCGACGGAGCGGCGUCGGCGGGGUUGGCCGGGGCGGCGGGACGCUAGAGCCUGGGCGGGCGGGCCGAGGGUCGAGGCCGGGGGUCGGGUGACGGGCGGGCUGAGCUCCCGCCCCCGCGCGGUCCAGGGGAGGAUGCGGCCAGGGGCCUCGGGGCGGGGCGGGCGGCGGCGUUGGCAGCGCUAGCGGCGCAGGGGGUGGGCGGCGGCGGCAUGAGGCGCGGGGCCGGCGCCCGCGGGAGGGAGGCGCUGCCGGCGGCCCGGCCGCUCCCGCUGCAGCUGCUCGCCGGGCUCGCCGCUCCCUGCCCGCGGGGCCCCGGCUGCUCUUGUUCCGGACGCUGCCCGGGUCGCCGCUGGUGACCAUUCGCCGCGCCGCCGGAGGCUUCACCCGCGCCCUCCCCCAGGACGCGCCCGCGGAGCUCCGGCCUCUUCGCCCCGCUUGCGGAGGCCGCGCUGCGCGCCGGGCGGCGGCGAGGCCGGAAGAUGGCCUGGGUGCUCAAGAUGGACGAGGUGAUCGAGUCUGGGCUGGUGCACGACUUCGACGCCAGCCUCUCGGGCAUCGGGCAGGAGCUGGGCGCCGGCGCCUACAGCAUGAGUGAUGUCUUGGCAUUGCCCAUUUUCAAGCAGGAAGAUUCCAGCCUUCCAUUGGAUGAUGAAACUAAACACCCGCCCUUUCAGUAUGUGAUGUGUGCAGCAACAUCACCAGCAGUAAAGCUACACGAUGAAACGCUGACUUACUUGAACCAAGGUCAGUCUUAUGAAAUUCGAAUGCUGGAUAAUCGGAAAAUAGGAGAUGUGCCUGAGAUCACUGGGAAACUGGUAAAGAGCAUCAUAAGAGUUGUAUUCCAUGACAGACGGCUCCAGUAUACAGAGCAUCAGCAACUUGAAGGUUGGAAGUGGAAUCGCCCAGGAGACAGACUUCUUGAUUUAGAUAUUCCAAUGUCUGUGGGAAUAAUUGAUACAAGGACAAAUCCAAGCCAGUUAAAUGCAGUUGAAUUUCUGUGGGAUCCUGCAAAACGUACAUCUGCUUUCAUUCAGGUGCACUGCAUCAGCACAGAAUUUACUCCCAGGAAGCACGGAGGUGAAAAGGGAGUGCCUUUUAGGAUCCAGGUUGACACCUUUAAGCAGAAUGAAAAUGGAGAGUACACAGAUCAUCUACACUCAGCUAGCUGCCAAAUCAAAGUUUUUAAGCCUAAAGGUGCAGAUAGGAAACAAAAAACAGAUCGAGAAAAGAUGGAGAAGAGAACUGCUCAUGAGAAGGAGAAGUACCAGCCAUCCUAUGACACCACGGUCCUCACCGAGAUGAGGCUUGAGCCUAUAAUUGAAGAUGCAGUUGAACAUGAGCAGAAAAAGUCCAGCAAGCGGACUUUGCCAGCAGACUACGGUGAUUCUCUGGCAAAGCGAGGCAGUUGUUCUCCAUGGCCUGAUACCCCCACAACCUACGUGAACCACAGCCCAUCCCCAGCGCCUACCUUCUCAUCCCCACCACAGAGCACGUGCAGCGUCCCAGACAGCAAUUCUUCUUCCCCAAAUCAUCAGGGAGAUGGAGUUUCACAGGCCUCUAGUGAACAACUGCAGCCUUCAGCCACAAUCCAGGAAACACAACAAUGGCUGCUCAAAAACAGAUUCUCUUCCUAUACAAGACUGUUCUCCAAUUUUUUAGGUGCCGACUUACUAAAACUGACAAAGGAGGAUCUAGUACAGAUUUGUGGUACAGCCGAUGGGAUUCGGCUUUAUCAUUCACUGAAGUCCAGGUCGGUGCGGCCCCGCCUGACCCUCUAUGUCUGCCGCGAGCAGCCAGUGCAGCAGGGGCAGCAGCAGGCAGCUGGUGGUGGGGGCGACAGCAGCAGCGCCACGCCCUACGUUUAUCAUGCAAUCUACUUAGAAGAAAUGGUUGCCUCAGAAGUUGCUCGAAAACUUGCGUUGGUGUUUAAUAUUCCUCUCCACCAAAUUAACCAGGUUUACAGACAGGGUCCCACUGGUAUUCACAUUCUUGUUAGCGAUCAGAUGGUUCAGAAUUUUCAAGAUGAGAGUUGUUUUUUAUUCUCCACAGUAAAAGCUGAAAACGGGGGUGGUGUCCACAUAAUUUUGAAGUGACGUCUUAACGUAGUCUGAACUUCAUUCAGCACCAAAUAAAGCCACGCUUAAAAGUGUGUGAAGACUGAAUCCAAGAAGCCUUGGGAUUGGAUUUUACCAUAUGAGAUGUUUCAUAUUGAAAACACAGGAUGACCUUUCUAAUGAGCUGUGAGAGGCGCAUCUCACCGUCACCAUCACGGCCCCUCAGGAGAGCGAGUGCCUGGGGCCGAGGGACAGGCAGGACCACCUGCUUCUCUGGCGGAGAGGCCAGUCGACACAGUUCCUAGAAGCAGCCAUUGCUGUCUUUUUACACUGUAUGCGGUUUGGAAGUGAAUGUAAAGACAUACUGUGGGCAUUUACCUCUCUGUGCCAGCUUGGCUUCUGUCGCCUGGACCUCAUGCUGACCUGGGGCAGGGUGGGGACGGAAUCUGUGUGCGGAGAGACACGAGGCCACCACUGACACGGGUGAUGGGUGGUCAUGGGAGAGGCUUGGCGCCUUCUCAGAAGAAAUCAUGUCUGAGGGUGAAUGUGUGACGUGAUCACGCCAGAGCGGGGAAGAUCCAAGCCGGGAAGAUGGGCUUGACGCAAACUGCAUUAUCAAGAGUACCUUGGUGAGAGGAUCAGCGUAAAUCCUAAUAGGUACAAAGACUUUGUGUUUUUGCUUUGUCACAGAUUUAUCGAGAAACUUUUUGCUUCUGCUUCUGUUCUUAGCAUUUUGUUUCUGGUUUUCAUUUUUGAAGCCCCAAUGCCUUUUAAACUCGUGGUUUUUUUUCCUCUCUCCCUCUCGGUCUCCAAUUGCCCACCCCACUCUGCACUAUCCAGUCCUAAAACAUUUUUAAAGCCCUGUUCCUGACAUUGGAAAUACAUUUAGGCAGGGGAAGCAGUUUCUGACUUGGUGUUAACGGGUUUCAUUAUGAAGAAUUGAAAUUAUUCAUGGAACACUAGACAUCACAAAUCAAACACUAUAUUGUACCAUCAAAAUUCCUCUCACUUCUUCUCAAAUAUUGAGCUUUAGUACAAUCAUGGGUAACAUUCUAGUGAUUAUUUAGGGACUUUUUUAUACACCACACAAUAGCUUUUUUCUAUAAAGAGUGCCUCUUUCACAAAACCAAAUGCUUGUCGGCCAGUACACUUUUCAAAGGGAAUCCACUGUUUUUGCAAUUUUUUCUACUACUUCUCUUCCCUUCACCCAAAGCCUUCCCAAAAAUCAUCAAGCAAGCAUUUGAGGCCUGUGGUGUACUAGACAGUUUUCUUCUCAAACUUUGAUUCCAUUUUAAUUAUACACCUCUGUCCAUUUACCCUGUGUCUUGGAUUUGAAUGUAUUAUUUGAUUCUUACCUUUGUUCAGGCAGAAAUAGGAAUAAUAUUGAGUUGAAAAUCUCUCCCAGAAGACAAACUACUUAAGUGAGUAAAGGCUUUGGCAUUGUUUUAUUCAUAAAGGGGGUUAUUUGAGCUGAGAAAGUACUGUCUCUAAAUGUUUCCAUCUUCAGUUUGAAAUCUGUAACUUGUAUAGACCCUAAAGCAGGAGAGCUUUCCUUUCUGUCAUUUUCCCUUUGCUUUUGUAUGACCACAUGUUUUCUGUACCAGUCACUUGGGAAAGAAGUGAGCUUAUCUCUCAAUUGUUUUAGAGUUUUGCUUGUCUAUUUAGCAUUCCUUUUUGAGUCUCAAGAUUUAUGGAACAAUAAAUGUCAUUUAAUGCUGUGUGCUAUUUUGAAUUCCUCAUCAGGUUUUAGAAGUGGGGUAAGAAUAAUUAAAAGCUCAUCAAACUUGAAAUUACACCAAGCGGCAUUGAACAUUAGUUUGUCCCAGUGAAAAAGGUUAAAUUAUGGCACCAGCAAAUUUGCUACUUUGUUUUUUUAAUAGUAGGAUGUACACAUUUCAGUAUAAUAAAUGUUUUCCGAUUGUUUUGCAAAUGUGUGUCUCAUUUAAAAUCCAGGUUCCUGCCAGUGUCACUCACGGCAUAAGACUCAAGGGGUUCACUGUGUAUGUUCUGAAUACACACCAGUCCAAAUGUUUGAAGAGGUGUGUUGUGUGUUUUCAGUUUGUUGUCUUCUCAAAGCUGAUGCAACUGAGGACAGGUUAUUCCAGUAAUUGUUCCAGAGUCCAAUAGCUGUGAUAAGUUGUGUCCUGGCUCAGAGGAGAUGAUGUACAGAAGGCCCUGGUCAUUUAAAUUUUUUAAAUAGAAACUAUACUCAUAGCUUCCUGAAUCAGUCAUUCCCCCGCCCCCACCCCACAGUGGUAUAAAUGUAUAUUUAAGUAACUGUUAUACAUACAGUUUUAGAGCAGGAAAUACUGGAAUAUAUAGUAAGGCAGUAAAAUCAUUAGGACUUUAAUGCUUGUUAAACUGACAGGGAAUUGUCUAAUUGGCCUUCUCUCCCCAGAAUACAGCUGAAGCCUUGUAUCCUACAAGCUUCUAAAACUCUCCACUUCUAGAAACCCUAACCCUACCAGAAGCGUCACUAGUCAUGGGGUAUUUGUUUUUGCUCUUUCACUUUAGUUUCUCAGGAGCUCUGGGCUCUUCAGUUUGGGGCAACCUAAGAAGGCUGGGCUGCCGUUAACACAGAGGUUCACAAUGAAGGUGGUGACUGGGUUCCUAAUCUUAAUGAAUAAAGAUCACCGAUGUGGACAGCAGAGAGCAGAAACUAGAUCACCUCCACACAUUUUAGGUAACAUUAGGGACGUACAAAUUUGCAAAAUGGUUUUGCUCAGAAUUGUCUGCCAUAGGUAAUAGCAAUAAAAUCUUCUAACUUAAGCACUGCAAUGGUUUUUCAUUUUUAUAGUCUUAAAUUCUCAAAGGUGCCAACACUUUACUGAUGAGUUUUAAGUGUGUAUAAUUUUUGAGUAGUCCUGGUGUAACUUGAUUUCUAAGAUUUUAAAAUAAACUUGGAAAAAAAA